CUUGGCUUUCACUUGGAAGCUGCCUCAGAAAAAUUUGCACCUUUCUGACCACUACUAUUUCAAACGCAUACAAAUCUUCUGGAAAAUCAGAUCGUGGCUCCACGCCAUUGACGCAUACAAUUAAAAAAUAUUUUAAAUGAGACGCUGAGUAUUAGCAGCGGUUUGAAUCUUCUCACCAAAUCGUAUAUACAAUUAUGAAACUUCCAAAAAUUAUAAAUAGAAUACAAUCACUGUUUUUCUUCUCAUUCCAGAGAUCCAUUUAACAAGUUUUUCUGUUCUCCAUUGCUUUGCAUCUCUUUAGUAAUUUGAGAAAUCGGCGCAUAAAGAGAAAGAAAAAGAUGGCUUUUCAGUGUGAAGAAAGAAUGUGCGGUGUCCAAGAUCUUUAUGCAGAUUCAAUGGCGGAAUCGGAUGCUGAGGAGACACUUUCGUUCUGUGACAUGCUUCUUUACGACAGUGCCGGAACGGUGAGCCCGCAGAGGGUUUCGACCGCUGAUUCUUCAGAUCACCACGAAUUCCUCUUCGAUUUGGCCUUUGGGAGCACUGCUUCCAUGGCGAAUUGUACCUCUUCUGCUGACGAUCUGUUCCACAAAGGCCGCCUCCUUCCUCUCACUGAAUGCACUGCGCAUUUGCCUUGCAGCGAUUCGUAUUCUUUCAAGCAAAUCGAGGGCCUUUUAAAGGAAGAUCUUCAAGCGUGGAGAUCUCAAUCGCUGGAAUCAAAUUCAAGCUUCUGGACCAGCUCUAGCUCCAACAGUUCUCAAGCUUCACAGAGAAGCAUCAAUUACUCAGCCUCGCACAAGGGUUUGAGGGCUUCAAAUUCAACCGCGGCGACCAUUAAAACAAAAGGCAUAGCAAAUUGGAGCGCAUUCUCAUCUGGUUCGCGCAGUAAAAAGUCUCCAAAAUGGCUACAGUUUUUAAGUUUUGGGGUAAUUAAAGCUCCUAGUGGAAUGGAGCUGGAAGAAAUGCGUCUCAGGCAAUGUAAACGCAAUGACAGUGGCUUGGAUCAGUCUGCUCUUAAGCGGUCGGUUUCGAGCUAUUACGAAGAGGGGCCAAUUCUAAAGAAAAAGGCAGCGUCUUUUCACCAGAGAUCAAAGUCCGUCAAGGAGAAUAAGCGGGCCGUUGAGGCUCCCCAAACCAAGGGCUUCAGGAUGUUUACCUUAUUAAACAAUUGUAAAUUUUCUGUCAGUUCUUUCAUUAACUGCACAAAAACAGUAGUCCUUUGAAACGGAAUGGUUAGUCUCGUUUACAAAAGUGUCCCCUCUAUACUGAUGAGAAUUCAGUAAAUUUGGCUCCGGAUUCCAACAACUGUGGAGCAGGAUGCGUGCCCGCAGCUCGACGGAUUAUGAAAAGGGUUCCGAAGCUCGGCUGAAAUUCGAUGGCCGUAUGACCGUGUUUUUAACUUUUCAACAAUACGAUCAAUGCGUAUGGGAAUCUGUAUCAAAUGAAUGGUACAAUUUUGAUGGUUCUUAUUCGAGGAAAGAAGAGUGUAAAAGCACCUUAAUAUGUGUUUAAUGAGCAAGGAUGGAUUUGUAAAUAAAAAAUG